AAUACAAAUGGUAUCUUGAUAGAUGGGUUUUGUUUGUGCUGAUAUCAAGAGUAUCUAAAAUAUGUCAUAUUAGAUUUUAAGCUGCAUUAUUCUUUAAUUUUUGAACAAUUUUUUAAAGUUAUAUCUUGAAAGGGUAUACAUAAGUGUAACUGAUGGAAGAUGAGUGGGAUGUAGAAGCUCUGCUUGAAGCACCUUUUGCAAAGCAUGAUGAAAAAGAGCAGUCAGCAUCUCCAGAAAAUGAAAAAAGGAAAAAAAGCAAAAAGAAAAAACGAAGUCGAAGCAAAGAAAGAGAGAGGUCUCGCAAAGAUUCAGGCAGUAAAAGUGAUAAAAAAAGUAGUAGGAGAAAUCGCAGUCAUAGUAGAGACCGGAAAGAUUCCUCUCGUAGUAAAGAUCAUAAAGCAAGCUCUGAAAAUCAUACAAAGGAAAGACGAGCCCGAAGUCGCAGCCCAGACAGAAGAAAAGACCAAAGGAACAGUUAUGGUCCUAGAGGAGGAUAUAAUAGGAAUUCUAUAGGUGGAAACAGAGAUUAUCACAAUAGACAUUCAGAUCGUGACAGUUCGCGUCGCAAAAGCAGAUCCAGAAGCCACGAGAGGAGAAAUUCAUCCAAAGCAAAAAAUCAUUCUCCUUCACCAAAAAAAGAAGCAAAAGGCAAUGAUUGUUUUGAAGAACCAGGGAAACCUGCUCGUUUACACAGAAAUCCAGACUUAACUCCUGAAGAGCGAGAUAUGAGAACAGUCUUUUGUAUGCAGUUAUCUCAACGUGUUAGAGCUCGAGAUCUUGAAGAGUUUUUCUCACCUGUUGGAAAGGUUCAAGACGUUAGAAUUAUAAUGGAUAAUAAAACAAGACGAUCUAAAGGAAUUGCCUAUGUUGAAUUUCAAGACACAUUUUCUGUGUCUCUGGCAAUGAGUCUUUCUGGAAAAAAAUUACUAGGUGUGCCUAUCAUAGUUCAGCUUACACAAGCAGAGAAGAACAGAGCUGCUGCUAGUGCCAUGAAUGCUCAACGAGGCAAUGUUGGACCAAUGAGACUGUAUAUAGGAUCAUUACAUUUCAACAUUACUGAGGAAAUGCUGAAAGGAAUUUUUGAACCAUUUGGAAAAAUUGACCGGAUUGAACUUAUUAAAGACACAGAAACUGGAAGAUCGAAAGGGUACGGGUUUGUUACAUUUCAUGAUGCAGAGAGUGCAAAAAAAGCAUUGGAUCAGUUAAAUGGAUUUGAACUAGCUGGAAGACCCAUGAAAGUAGGAACAGUGACAGACCGUACAGAUUUUACUCAAGGACCAUCAUUUUUGGACACUGAAGAAAUGGAUAGAGCUGGUAUUGAUCUUGGCGCUACAGGACGUUUACAACUAAUGGCAAAGUUGGCUGAAGGCACUGGUUUUGAAUUACCACAAGCUGCAGUUAAAGCCCUACAGUUAACUGCUCAAGCUGCGGCAUCUCCCAUGGCUGGCAAUCCAUCGGUAUCCGUUGCUACACAAUGUUUCAUACUUUCAAAUAUGUUUGAUCCAGCAAAGGAAACUGGACCUAACUGGGAUGAAGAUAUCAGAAAUGAUGUUAUUGAGGAAUGCAGGAACCAUGGUGGUGCCCUUCAUGUUUAUGUUGAUAAAAAUUCUGCUGAAGGCAAUGUCUAUGUUAAGUGUCCGAACCUUACUGCUGCUGCAGCAUCCGUCAGUGCUUUACAUGGAAGAUACUUUGCAGGACGUGUGAUUGUUGCUGCGUAUGUGCCGGUCAUAAAUUAUCACAUGUUGUUUCCUGAUUCUGCAAAUGCAGUAACAGCUCUUUGAAGAAGAAAAAAAUGAAGCCUGUGUUAUCAAACUUUCAUUAGCAUAUGGCAUUUUGUAGUCCAUGUGCAGUUGUAAAUGUCAUUUGAAUGUAUUGUCAUUUGAAAUAAAAGAUAUAUAAAUUUACUUCUAAAA